AUGAAGCUAUUGACGGAAGACAAUUUAGCCGUCUAUAGAUUCAGGAGGGUAACCUUUGUUAUUGAUGCCUCAUCAUUCUUCUUGAGUGCAACGAUCCAUUUCCACCUGAACAACUACGUGGAAAACAAAGAACUUGCAGCAGAAAUGGCAUCCAACCUCUAUUGCGGAUACAGCAACGGAAGGCAUACACAAAUACACAUGUUUAAGUCGAUUUACAAUGGCCUCAAAAUGAACCUACGAGCAUUUCGAAGCAACAACUUCGAAAUCCUGACAGCUAUAUCAGCUCCUGAUCGUUCUUCGAAUACUUCACCUAAAGUACUUGGGAAACCAUGGGACUCAAUCGCAAAUAAAAUUUCAUCGUGCGUAAAUGUACAACGUGAAGAAGUGGUUGGCAAACGCACGAUUGCCCAACAAAUUGCAUCCGUGUACAAUCUGUUUGGUUGGCUCAUCCCACUUUUGGUCGAAGCGAAGCAUUUUCAACAAUUCCUACGGAAAUAUCACUAUGACUGGGACCAAUCAUUAAGUGAAAAGCAUAAAGAGCAGUGGGAUUGCAUUGUGCAAGAUAUAUCCGAGUUCCGUAAAGAGUUGCCAAGGAGGGUCACACAGGAGGGCUUAAGAUCGUAUACAUUGGUCACAUUCUGA